AUGGGCGGUCCUAGAAAGGCCGGCCCCGCCCUCAACUAUGACGAGCCGGUCUCACUUCGCAGGAUGGUGUUGCUUUGUUUGCUUCUGUAUAUUUGCUCAUCUUCUUUGAAAUUCAUAGUUGUCUCAAUUUUUCGGAUUAUCAAUGUAUUUUGAUUCAUUGGGUCAAGUUUUUCUUCGAAUCUUUUUGCAGUUUCCGAUUCAGGAACAGAACCAUUUUUUAAAGUCAUUUUUCUUCGUUUCUUGUUGGAGGACGCGAACGGAGGCUUUGGCCUUUGGAGAGAAGAUAAAAAUCUGGAAGACAUGUCGUCCGUUCGCGUUCUACAUUAUUCUCUUGGAGUUGUCCCGCGGGACUGGCGGCUGGCUUUCACUCACUUCCGAUCACAUGGCUCGAAUCGUUUUAAAUUUCAAGUUUGGUUUUAUCAGCUGUCCAGUUCUGAUCGGAAAAUUUUUCUUAGAUAGUCUAGGAUUUGGUUCAGUCAAAAAUAGAGUUGACAGAGGGGAAAAAAUCCGUUCGCGCUCUACCUAAUUGUUCCUUUUUUGACAGCUCAGAAUCCGAAAUUCGGUCAUUUUCUACGUUUUUUUUUUCGAAUACUGAAGAUCUGAACACUUUGAACACUUUAUUCAUUCAGAGGAAACUGAAAAAUAUCAUUUACUCAUAUGGGAUUUUCAUAUAUUAUAUAUACUUUCCUUGAUUUUUCAUAUGCAUAACUGCUGCUCUGAUUAUUAAAGUUUGGAGAGCAACUUCGAAAAAAAAAUUGAAGAAUUUUAAAUCCAAUGAUUCAGUGUAACUCACUACCUACCAUUUUUUUUUCUUUUUCUCAAACCCAUUUUCCGUGAUUUUUCUCACUUCUUUUCGUAGUUUUCACACUUCCAGACCUUCAACGUCUGCUUUCCUAUUCUCUUGGGAUAUACUCUUUUAUCUCUCGUUUUCAGCUUUAGCUUCAUCAUAAGCACUGAAAAGUUCAUCUUGCCAUGUCUUAAAGAUUUCUUCUGUUGAUUUUUCUUCUGCCUGUGUCGCAAAUAUAGUCUCCGUUUACUUUCAAUGACGUGGGGGGCCACAGUCAGGACUGUCUUUUUAUAGUUGUCUUCCUGGCUUGCCAAUAUAGUUUUCGAACGAACUUAUUAUUGCCUUUUCUGUUCCUGAUCGACAAUUUUUAGAAAGAAUAUUUUUCAAAAAAAUGUUAUUUUCAGACCCAGAAAUGCGGCGGAAAGAGUUAACAUGGAUAUUCCUUCUUCUGAUCGGACUUUCGGCGGCUUGUCAGCACGGCUGUCAGUGUUCCAACUUCGUGGCAGUAUGUCGAGGUGCGAAAAUUGACGAUUCCGAAACAAAAGUUCCGAUCUUUUUUUUUCAGGAGCUUCGCUGCGAUCGAUGCCGAUUCUGCUGGACCCUCGGACCACCGUACUCGACCUCUCCGACAACAGGAUAACACGGAUAUCUGGCGACGAGCUCGGGCUAUACCCAAGUGAGUCUCUUUCUCCAAAUUGGAUCAGGUUCCAAAUCUAUAGUUCGCGCUUUUUGUGUAUCUUUUUUUUUCUAUGUCAUCAAAAUGAAGAAGAAUUUUCUACAAGAAGUCAUCGCGAGGAUUGGGUUUCAAUAAAGUUUUUGAAAAAGAUUGAAAGCUCGGGUCAAAAGAUUACUGGAACAGGCAUGGCUUUGAACCGCAAUAACUCGAUUCAAUCAUUUAUGAAAUUAAAAUAAAGAGAUGUUCUUGAAAUCAGACUAUUUUCAUCAAGUUCUCAGACCACGUCGCACCCUCCCUUAUCAGCCUCAAAUCGAGGGCGACACAAGUGGUUUUGGUCAGAUGGGCAAUAUUGGCGUCAAGUGGUCGGAAAGAUAGAUGAGCAGGGGAACGGCUCCCUUUCAAAGGUUCCCAGCGUGGGGCUAACAGAUUUGAGAAAUCCUUCAUUUGUCAGGCCUAGAUAGUAUCUCAAGUCGUGGGCUGCGAGAAAUUCAAAUUGUUUUUGAGAACGAUGAUCAAGUGCACCUGUCAGUGCCUGAUGGGAAGAAAUAUUAUUUGGAGACAUGUCAUGAAUCUUCCAUUCAGUCAUGAUCCCGACUAUGGCUCAUCCAGCCCCAACACAAAGGUGUGAUCCCAAAAUUAGAACGUCGGCGCACUGUUGGCACCUCGUUUGGUGCAAUUAAUUGCUCGGGCUCUUUUGAUCUCGGCAGCCGAAAAAGUUCUGCAGAAAGCUGUCCCACCUGUAAUUAAGCAUUCCGCCGUUGUGAAUUUUCCAUCGGCCCAUUUGUGCAUUUUCAAUUUUGCGCACUUCUGCUAGGCUCGGCCAGCUGGCGAAAAUGAGCGAAUCGGGGUUCUCUACAACUUCAAGUAGCUCGUUCGAGAGUGUUCUCUGGUAACUGGUUUUCAAAAAACACUAGAUGGUUGAUUAUAGAUAUACUGAUCCUAAAUUAUCGAGUUGUGGAACUUUUUCUCUUGAUAAGACACCUUUCAAAGCCAAACCGGCCCAAACCCGACCUAAUAAGAAAAAUCCAUCAGCCCUUACUACACCCUGUUCAAUAAGGAUAGGACCCCCUCGAUUUAGGACUUUCUGGCAGAAUACGAAAGAUAUCGAAAAUCUGUGAGUGCGAUUCGAUUCAGAGUACAAUAACCCGCAGAGUUAAACUUUCAUUAUCCUAGCACAUCACAGAUUUUUGAUAUCUUUCCGUAUUUUGCCGGAGUGUAUACCAAGAAAAAAUUCAAUCAAGCCUGUCGUUCCUCAGUUUUGAUUUUGAAAAAGCCCUUUUUUUGGCGGGGGGAUUGAGAACAAUGUUGAGCGCACCGCCGUCCGAGCUUUCCCAGGCUCGGCGCUCAAGUUGGUCGCUAAUUGCCUGAAGGGCUCGGAAAUGAGGAAAGGCCUAUCAAACACUUGAGUCGGCUCCACCGUUCUAAUGGACUCGUCGCAAUUUCGACAAUUAGGAAUGUUUCGGAAAGCCGAUUUCAUUGUUUCUCCUAUGAGACUUCUCAGUUUGAACGAGGUGGUGUCAACUGUUAACUAGGAGGCCUUCUGUGCGAGAAAGAGGAAUCAUAAAACCGCAAAAGGACGUCGGUUCAACAGGCGGUCUUGGCCAGUUUCCUUGGAUUAUGGCCUGUUGAUCUACUAAACCGUUCUCCAGCCGAUAAUGAGCGUGCGAAAAUGGGAUUUCGGGGCCGUUGUUGGUGCCAGCGGAGGUCACCUUGACAUCUGAGAGAAACUCUUCCUGUUCCCAUUAUCUUCUUCGUUUGUCUCAGAGGAGUUUUUAAUAGGAUUCCUGUCAAUUAUUAUGUAUCAUUACUUUCCAGAUACCAGAAGACGUGGAUGAAACCCAAGGAAAAAUGCUAGGGAACAUUUUGAGAAGUAGAUAUUUUUUCUUACAUGAAUUUUUUGCGUCAGUUAACAUUCAGAUGGUAACAGGUUUAAUCUAAACCUAGGAAGAAGAAAAAAUAAGACGGUCCGGGUUAAUCUGCCAAAACGUAACGUCGUCGGCCAAAAGAACAGGCCGAAGAACCUUGAGUGGCACUUAUUUAGGCGAAUCUCCGGGAUUUGCGUCCUUUUCUCCUAUGAUUUACUGCGCACAAUGGAAAGACGGAACGGGCUGUUUGUCGCCAUUAUUUGUUCGUACCUUCUUCAGGCUGGAAUAAUGAUUAAGUUGACGGUGGAAAAGAAAAAUGAUUUGCGUUUUUCCCAACGGGCUUCCAAAUCUUGCACGGCUCAAUCAAUUCAUCAAAAUUCUUAAUUUCCAUGUAACAUAUCCAAUUAAAGCCACGAACAGAGAGGCGGUUGGCCUGUUUGAUUGAGAAGAGGACGGGCGGUUGCACAACUGCAGGUGCCGUCGCCGUCAGCCUGUCACGGCUUCUGUCGCGUGGGUCAAACUGCGAAUGUAUAAUUAACACUCGCGUCACGCAGCGUUCUUCCAUGCAUUGUUCCUUUCUUGGCAGCCAAAUGUCUUCCGAGAGCCAACAGCGCUAUUUUUCAAAACUUAUCAAAUCGUCGGCCGGCAAACAAGCCGAAUAUAUUCACUUGGGAGACCUCGAGACGAACCAUUUUGGGCGACGAACGUACGAACAUUCAUCAUCUUUUCGCGAUCGCUGAACCUUUGCUGAACUCUUACUCGUUGGAAAAAAGUUUCUGGGAUUUUAUAGCCAAUCCUGCUUGACUAGAAAGGCGAGAUGGGUAGAUUGGCAAGGGUGAAGCGUUGCGUAUGCGACGCGGCUUUUUUGGCGGAAAAAACGAGGAAAAACGCAAGAAUUUCAUGCUUUUUGUACUUUUAUUCCUUCAACGGAAUCUAUUCAAGAUCAAAAAGUUUUGAAAGUUACCGAAAAACUGUCAAAAAGGGAGAAGCCGCGUCGCGUACGCAACGCUUCACUCUCAGUCGGGAUAAAAUUGACUAUAUGUCACAGUUUGAUUGAAAACCGGAUAAAUGUAGAACCUUUCCAAUGAUUCAAUUUUGUAGCUUAUAGAAAUGUAAUCCCAGUAAAAUAAGAACAUUUUUCAGAUCUCGAGAGGUUGAUCCUGCGCAACAAUUCUCUGACACACUUGCGAGAAGACGUGUUCGCGGCGGCGACGUCGCUUCGCGUACUUGACCUCUCGUCGAACAGCUUGCUCUCGCUGCCCAACAGCCUCUUCCAGAAGCUCCGCAACCUUGAAGUUUGUCCAUAUGUCGAUUAAACCAAACAGGCCCGAGCUGUUGCCUCUCUUUUUGAUUUCUUCCAAGUCUGCCUUUUUUCAACAACCCAACAGAUGAAAUUUCUUAUCGCUUAUCAAAAUAGCGGAAAAUCUCACGAUCCGCUCAAAAUACGACGAGGAUCCAAACUGGUUGAAAAAUUUUCUCUGAAUGCUGAACAUUAAAUAUGUGUAUGUUAAAAUUUAUAUCGGAAGUUAGAUUCUAAAAUUCAAACGAAGUUCAAACGGAUUUUUACAGUAAUCAAAUCGGAUUCAGGAGCUCGUGAUAGCUUCGAACGACGUGCAGCUGGGCUCCGAGUCCUUCGCCGGUCUGAGCUCCCUGAUGCGGCUUUCUCUGGCCGACAACCGACUCUCGUUCCUGCCGCCGGCCGUGUUCCGGCCGCUCAAGUCUCUAAAGGACCUCGACGUCUCCGCCAACAAGCUCCUCGACAUGCCGGCGUCGUUGUUGACCGCCGUCCCAGGCCUGACCAGACUCGAUCUUCGAAGAAACCUGCUUUCUAAGGUACGACAUUUUCAUAAGUUUGUCCCUCCUAAGAAAAUACAGUGAACCGAAUUAUAAACUCGAGACAGUGGGUGCUCUCUUAGAAAAAAAUUUGAGAAAAAAAGUUUUUUAAAUAAGAAUCCUGAAAAUAUCUCUCAAAAAACAAAAAAAAAUUUUAUUUCCAUAAAAUCUCACUCAGUUUGAUCAUAUGACGUCAGUAGUGAAGACAAAAUUUUUUAGCCAUUUCCGAUUGCCGUAGCCGGGUUACGGUAGGCAACUAGUCGCCAAUUUUUCUUACAUUUCCAUCUACCAGAAACAUGUCCGAAUAUUCAGUUUGAAAUCAAUUUUGAAAUCAAUUCCAAAGAGUUCCUACCAAACCUUAACCCAAACAAAUGAAACACUAUCUUGUCGGUAAAGGACAAAAACGGCAGCUGGAGCCGUUCCGAAUGAAUUAUCGAGCCGAUUUUUAUUGUCUGCGGUGUAUAAAUUAGAUGUGUUGCAGCUGGAGACAGGCAUGUUCGCCGCCCAGAAAGAGCUCAAGUGGCUCGACCUCUCCGAAAACCUCGUCGGCGACAUCGAAGAAGGAGCCUUCUAUGGACUCGAGCAGCUCCAAACGCUCAAUCUCACCUCCAACCAGGUACCUAGUUUUGGAGUUCUCUCAAACUCUUUGUCCUUUGCAGCUUGUACGGCUUCCUGGGAACAGUUGGCCUCUUCCUCAUCUACGAGUCCUGGACAUUUCUUCCAACCUUUUCGUUUCGUUGGAAACGGCGUCCUUCGAUUCUCUUCCCAAUUUGAAAUACCUCAACAUUUCAAGCUCGAGAAACUUGAAAUCUGUGCAGGUUAGCUUUUUAGUUGGAUGUUUCUUUAAGUUUGUUUUAUUUCUGCGCCGUUUUUUCCAGCUUAUUCAAACCAGUGCGUACCAGGUCAUUUGUCAUGUUUUUGCGACUUCAUUCUCUCCAAAAAUGAUAAUUAUUAUGCGCUUUCAAGUAUAUUGUCGGAAUAACAUGUUAUAUAGUCUUUGUACCACGACUUGAAAUUUCACCGAACGACAUUCCGCUGUUCCACAGCGUACGUUCGCGAAGCGUCUUUCGAAUCAGAAGUUUGUAUCACGCUUUCAAUCGAUUUUUAUUGCUGUGGGAGCAAAAAAAAAAGUAGGGUGCCUUAAUAAAAGAAAAAAAAAAUUAAAAGCGCGACCAAGGUUCGCAAAGGCGCGCAGCGGCACAGCGGAAUGUCGUUCCGUGAAAUUUCAAGUCGUGACACACAGACUAUAGCUCAACUUAUUUUUUUUUCCUAACCACAUGAGUCCUCAAAAAUCUUCAUUUUUUUCUUUCAGAUGGCGGCUUUUGUCUCUUUGGCGUCUCUUGAAUGGCUCUCGCUGAGGUCAUCGGCCCUGACGCGACUUCAUGCCUCCAGCUUCACUCCUCAUCCUCCCCUCGUGUUCUUCGAUCUGUCGAACAACCAGCUCAAGACUCUGCCCAUUGGAAUGCUCCCCUACGAGAAGAUUGCGACGCAGAAGCUGGGCGACAACCCGUGGACCUGCGAUUGCGCGUUCCGAUCGCUGCGACUCCGACCAGCGGACAGCGUCGUAUGUCUCUCGCCAGAGAACUUGGACGGCGUCGCCUUAGAAGACCUCGGAGAGUGCGUACUGUUCGGCGGUUUACUCAUACCGAUAGUUCUGACCCUGGCAGUACUGCUGCUUGCGGUGGUCGUGCUCCUACUGGCCUGCAAGCGACCUGCGACGAGCAAGUCGAGAGCCUUCUACAACGACGCUUCUCUGAUCAACGUCCUUUCUCACAAGGAGUACACGUUUGACCGGUCAUCGACACCUUACACGCAGUCGGAGGACUCCUCUGACUCCGCCUACGAGAGUCCGACUUCGGUACUCGUGCCACGUAGACCUCCGCCCUCCGCUCCGCCCAAGAUGACGUCAGCCAGGAUGGACGGGAGUCUGCCGGCCAUGAUCCCUUCAUCACAUUCCAACAAUUACCACGACGCCUAUUUGAUUCCCACCAGCCAGUGUGUCGUUCCAAUGACUCGACUUUAAAAAUCUUCUCUUUUUUUGUUGUAUUUUUUCUCCAAAACUUGAAACAGUCUGAUCUCUCCGCGUUCUUCUGUUCAAAUGCUAUUUUUUCUUCUCGCCAAGGAGACAAAAGAAAGCGCAGACAAGUCAGACUUUUUCGAGUCGUGGCGAAUACGCUGUAGUAGAUAAUACUUGCCCUUAAUCUGGUGUUCAAAGUCUUUUUGUUCAAACAUUCCUGCUCAAAAACGGGUCUCAGCCGCUGUGUCAUUUUCGCAAGCCAUUCUUUCUUUGAAAAGUCUGUCUUCGAUCAUCAUACGAGUUCUUUUUUCAUGUUAAUAAAAUUGAAUACAAACUUCGAAAAAGCAAAGCAACAGAAAGAAGGGCAAAAUUGAUACGACAAGUCUUUGGCAAAUCUUCAAGCUUGUUCCACCGCCCCGUCAUUGGUCUUUAGUUUGGUCCAUUCGUCCGGGUAGAAAUCCUCUUCUCGAAGUUCGUAUUUAA